AUGUCUGUCCAAGCUGCCCAGUGGGCGCGCCAACGGGAGUUACAACUCAAAGCAAUCAACGAGACAACCAAAGACAAACGAGCUAGACUGGUGGUGUUGAUCCAACUCGAGGAAGAGCUACUGGAUGCCCGUCGACAACUCGAGGAUAUGAACCCGGCAAACGCUGCUAUACGCACAGUUGAGCAUUGGCACGAUCUGCUGGAUUUGCCCAGAUCCCUUGCCAAUCUCGAGGCCAAAGUGCAAGAAGUGGCCGAGGAACUGGGUAACACGGAGUUGCUCAAUGUUAAGCACCGUGACAAUGAUCGAGUCAAGUCUGCUACGACUGUCUCGGUAGCUUUGGGAUUGUUGUACGAAGCAAAGUUUGGUGUCAUCCAACAGCACGCAGACGCUGCUACUAGGACCGGGGCCACUCAGCAGCCUCGAAACGAGGAAUUGAGGAGAAAGAAAAGAGUCCUACUGAAGAAAAAAACCGAUACAUAUUUGAGGUAUGCGGCGAAGUACAACAGGCAAUUCCGCCCUACGCCGCGUCUUAAAGAGCCUUCAUUCGACGAAGUAGACAACAUGGACGUUUUGGAUCCGUUCUGGGAUGAGGCCGCGCUCAAACAUCUGGAUGAGCCUUGGGCUCGAUGUGAGAGCACCAAGGCAGGGAUCAUUGCCUUUCAAAGUAAGAGGUCGUGUGAAGAGGAGCUCCGGCGUUUGGGGCGCGAGGCAAGGCAGCUUAUUCUUUGGGGCAUUGAUCAUCAAGCGCGCGUAGAGGCCUGCAAGGCAAAUGAACCUGGUGAAGCGCGGGUGUUGGAGUGGAGGUCUAUCCACAGCGGCCUCAGUAAGAGAAGCUGUCGUUUGUGGAAGUGGUGGGAUCACGGCUUGUUAGAUGUCAUGAAUUCCACCGCACCUUUUGUAGAAGUCGAUGCAGCUUUUGAUGUCAACCUGCUCACUAGGUGGAAGAUGAUGGUGGAUCGCACGGCGUCUACAUGGGGAGAAAUACUUGGUGUGCCCAUUUUCUGGGCACAUGAGGACGAGGAAGCGGAUGAGGAAUUGGUGCCAGAAGAGCCCGGUGAUGAUGACGACUUACAUUACCUUUAUUAUUAUUAG